AUGGUAUCCCCCACGCUGCCCAGCUCAUACGACACCAUAGAAAAUUACACCUCGGAUCUGUGCAGCUUUCUCGACACUCCUCUAGUCCGUCAGAUCACAGGCGGGAUUCACGUCAACGACGCCCUGAUCCAAAAUGGCUGGCAGGCCCUGCCGCAAGAAUGGACCGAGUGGUGGUCCGCGUGGCCAGACUACCGUCUAGCCCAGCAAGACCUCGUCGACGGCAUUGACGAAGAAGCCGAACCAGCCUCGCGUCUUGUCCAACAGCAGCCUCGACUCGCUGCCAGUCGGCCAGAAUCCCUGACCACCUGGCUGAGCACCCUCAAGUCGCUCGCGCUUCCUCGCACCCAGCGCCCUGGUCCGGCGGUCGCCCUGCCCAAAGUCUUGACCGCUCACAUGGGUCCUAAAAAGAUGUCCGAGGUCUCUUCCGGAGCUGCUUAUAUCCAUGACGUCUGUCAGAGAAGAGGUAUUCGCCGCAUUGUCGACAUGGGCUCCGGCCAGGGCUACCUGUCCAUCAGCCUUGCCUACCUAUUCCGCGGGCUGCAAUGUCUCGCCAUUGACGGCAGUGAAUCCCAAGUCGCUGGGUCACGGGCGGUCGCUAUCUCCCUGGGAAUACCAGAGCACAGAUUAGAGCAAAUUGUUCACUGGAUCGACGGCGCUCCGAGUUUGGCGUCCCGGAUUCAAGACUGGGCCGAUGGCGAGAGCUGCAUGCUCGUGGGUCUCCACGCGUGCGGGAGUUUGUCAGAGCACAUGAUUAGGUACUUUGCCACGGUGCCUUGCAUUGAGGCCCUGGCGGUGGUGGGCUGCUGUUAUAAUCAUGUCGUUCCCCGGUCGCCCAGCUGCCCGGCCGGGUUCCCCAUCAGCGCGGCGUUGAGAGAGCGCAAUGUCGUGCUGAGUGCUACUGCUCUCAUGGCGGGCUGCCAAGCGCCGAAUAACUGGAAACGGCCGGGUCGCGGAUGUGACCAGGAGGGAGAAUCGGUGUUUGGCAAGCGUCGUUUGCACCGAGCGAUCCUGGAGAAACUGUUGCACGACAAGGGAAUAGAGGUAAGCAGGCAAGAUGGAAAGAGGCCGGUAUGGGGAAUCCGGAAGCAGGACACUGCUAGUUUUGCCAAGUUUGCGCGUAGAUCGAUGGACUGCCUGAAGAUAGCUCAUGACAGGGUUCCAGCCGCGGAUCUGAUGGCCUAUGAAGAGCGGUAUAAAGACUGUGAGGGUCAGAUUGCCAUUCUAUGGACGCUUAGCGUGCUUUGCUGCAAGGUUGUUGAGAGUUUAAUUGCCUUGGAUCGCUACUGGUUUUUGAAGGAACAGGGAGCAAAGGGGGUAGACAUUGUGCCUAUUUUUGAUUUUAAGAUUUCUCCUAGGAACCUGAUGAUGGUGGCGGAGAAAGCAGGCCCUGGGUUGCCAUAG